CCCCGAGGUCAGAUCCCUCUACUCUGUUAGUGACAACACUUGUCUACUGGCUGGAGCCGAGCAGGAGGGCCCGGCGCACAACCCCUGGUCAACUCACGGUCCACACCCUGAGAGCCGUAAAGUAUCCCGUCCCCCCCCCAACGCGCCACCGCCGCCCUCGACGCCGCCCACGCCGCCCACGACCCCACGCCGCACGCGCGCCUUGCCGCGGCCUAGCGCGCCGCAAGGCGCCACCCUCACGCCACCGGCACCAGCAAGGCAAAGUGGCGCUCAUGAACAAAAUGGAGCAACCGCAGCGGUGCUGCCGCCGCGGUGGCAAAGCCAAACGCCUCGGGGGCGAUCGCCUCCAUGGAGAGGGCGUGCUCAGCGCCCACACCGCCGCCGUGCUCGCCAGAGCCACCGGCGUAGUAGUAGAUAUGUACGGGCGCACGCACCAGCGCCGCGAUCGCCUCGAUUUCGAGCCGCUCGCCAAAGAUGCCAUCGCGGCCCAUCACGUCGAGGUAGGCAGCGAGGCACUCGGCCGCAGGGGCGCCCUCUGCGAGUCGCGCCAGCGCCGUCACGCCGCGGCGCUCAAGCUCAUCGCGAAGCGCGACGCUCGUCCCGUCCGUGCCGAGGCCCCGCGCCGCCUCAGAAAGGAGUGGGGCCACACGCCGCGCGAGUCCGACAUCCUGCGCCAUACGUUCGCGCAAGACUGCGGUGACGGCCGCACGGACGCCUGCCGCGCUGUCGUGCAGCGCGGCCUCCCACCGCUGCAGCGCAAGCCACCGCCGCACACACUCAAACAAACAGUCUCCAUCGUGAGGUAUGACCUCCACCCGCCAGCCAGCCGCCGCGCAGAGCCGCUCCAGGUCUCGGGCGGCGAAGGGGUCACACCCGACGACCUCGGGAACUAGCUAGCCGGGGCAGUCGGAGAGUGGCAACUCCGUGCACUG